AAUCUAGAAGGGUUAAAAGCAACCGCCAUGUUUGGUCGCUUUUAUACUUAUGUAAUAAUAAAAAUAUAUUUACUUUUUCUCGUUCCCACGCAUAUGAGCCGCGGUUUUUUCACUUUCCCAAUCCCACUUCACUUUCCCUCACUUAUCUCUUUUUCUUUAUUCUCUCUCUUUUAUUUUCAUCUACUCGCGCGAAUCACAGCAGCAGCUCAAAUCCCUCAAAUCCGAAAGCUCAGCAGAUCCAUGGCAUCUAAAAGCUCUAAAAUCUCUCAACUCAACAAGUCGAAUAUGCUCGCAUCUCUGCAGGCUAGUACUAGCAGCGGUGGAAGGGGAAGGGGAAGGGGACGGGGACGGGGAGGGGCCAGGGGAAGGGGAGGGGCCAGGGGAAGGGGAAGGGAUAAUGAAAUUGUUAGGACAGAUGGAGGAGAUGGGGGGAGGGCUAAUGAAACUGGGACACCUAUGGACAAUGGUGCUGUAGAUGAUUUUGACUAUUUCUUAGAUGAUGAUGUAGGGAAGCUGAUUGAGAGUCUUCAGCGCAAGACUUCAAAAGGUGAUUUUAAUAAAAGGCCAGUAGAUGGAGGACCCAAGCUUGGUACCGUGCACUUUGUCGACAGAUGUAUUGUUGAGCCUCACUAUAAAAAGACAUUGUUGGCUAUAGUCCGAACUUUAUGGGAUGUAGAUACAGUGGAUUCAACUGGAAAAACGAGAGAGAUUUUUCUGGCUCGUUGUGCAGAAGAAUUUAGGGCUUACUAUGAGUACGAUUGUGAUGAUGCAAUUGGAGAUGUAUAUGUGAAAGAUCAUAUACAUACAAACUUUAAGAGCAUCCUCAGUAAGGAGAAGAAGCGAACAGAUGAAAGGGUUAAAAUAGCCAAGAGUCUAGGUUACUUGCGUGCCACUAGACGUAUGUUGAAUCCACAUUAUUUUGACGAUGCUGUAUGGGACAGCAUCAACAAGUACUGGGAGUCCGAAAAGUUUCACAAGGCUUCAGCAAAUGGGAAGAAAAAUUGUGCCAAGAAAGACAUGAAUCACAAAAGUGGGGCCAUUCCCUUUUCUGUGAGGCGAGCGAAAUUGGAUUCUAAGUUGGAGACUCCUAUGACGAAUCUAGAAUUCUUCAAGCAUGUCUAUAAUAUUGAGGAGCCAGUUGUGAAAAAUAUAAUGGAAGCUAUGGAGGUGAAUAACCCUCAAGAAGUCCCAGAGGCCCCUCAAUCUCCAGCGAGCAAAAGGAAACAUGAUUUGUACCUUCUUAUGCAGGCCAGGAAACCCAAAAAAAAUAAACUUAUAUUGUUCCCUCGAAACACCUUAUCAGAAUUGAUAGGAGGUAGUGAAGCAUCAAGAUUGAAUGCAGCUCAAUCUACUCAGGCCUCUCAAUUCAUCAUUCCAGAAGAUGCAUACUCAAUUAUCCGAAGGGUGCUAUCAGAGGUGACAAAUAUGGUCAAAUCUAUAGCUGACAAUCAGGUGCCUCGGACCCAACUUAGCAAAAUGUUGGAGAAACUAGCCACUGAAGCUUUUCCGGACAAAGCUAAUCCGGUUCAACAAUCAGCAUGGGAUCAGUAUAUUAGAAUUGCGAAUGAAGUUAUUGGUCAAGUGAUGCAGAAUUGCGACAAAAUUAUUAUGGAGGAAAAUGUUCCAGAGGUUCCAUAUGUUCCAGAAUUUCCGGUGGAGAAUGAUUUCUUGUUAAAUGGGGAGCUCAAUGUGGAGGAAGAGGAUAGGACAUUGAUUCAUUAUCCUCUGUAUCCGUAGUCAGUUAAAACAUGUAUUAGUUAGACUUUGUCGGAUUGUUAUUUAUUAGCUAAUUUAGUUUUAUGUAAUGUUUUGGUAUGUACUGUUUGAUUGAGAUCAAACAGGAGAUGAUGUUGUUGGACAGGGUAUGUAAAAUAUUAUAUUUAUAUUAUGCAGGUUUGACAUAUUUUUUGUUUUAA